CCCGCUCCUCCCCUGCUCCGCCGGUGCCUCUCCUGUGUCCCCGCAGCCUGCGGGACCCUCGCUGCCAUCGGCACCAUCGAGGCUGAAGCCGCUCCGGGAGCCAGAACUGCCCCCGUGCCCUGCCCCGGCCCCACAUGGACCUCCCGGCGGAGGAUGGGGCUGAGGCACCCCAGGAGAGGAGCCCCGAGGCUGAGGUACCCGAGGGGCCGCGGCGCCCGGCGGGGCAGUGGUCGGGGGCCGAGGCGGGCUCGUGGCUGGCGGCGCACGGCGGGGCCGCGGGGCUGGCCCGGGAGCACGGCCUGACGGGCCGGGCGCUGCUGCUCCUGAGCGAGGGCUCCCUGCGGCGCAUGGGGGUCACCCCGCGGAGCCGGCGCCGGGAGCUGCUGCGGGAGCUGCUGCGGCUGCGGCUGCAGCAGGAGGUGCAGGAGCUGCGGAGCCUCGCUGGCGGUGAGCACCCCCCGGGCCCGGGGCAGGGGCUGCGCUCCCCGGGGGAUGGUGCUGGGAGAAACGAGGCGCGCUCCUUGUCACAGACACGCUUUGUGAGAAAUCCUUGCCUUGGGAUUUUUCUCUCCUGAGAAGCUGAGAGGCCUCAGGAACAAAAUGCGACCAAUGGUUAUCUGCUGCUGUGGAAUGCAACAGGUGCAGCUGGGAUUGGGCUCAUGUGGUUGUUUCUAAUUAAUGGCCAAUCACAGCCCAGCUGUCUCGGACUGUCUAGUCAGUCACAAGAUUUUAUUAUCAUUCCAUUUUCCUUCCUUUCCUUGCAAGCCUUCUGAUGAAAUCCUUUCUUCUAUUCUUUUAGUAUAGUUUUAAUAUAAUAUAUAUAUAUCAUAAAAGAAUAAAUCAGCCUUCUGAAACACA